GCUGCACGUUCGGACAAUCAUUUAAUCCACUCACAGUAAUUUAAUCAACCAAUAUUUUGAAUAAAAAGGAAAAAAUGAUGUCAAGACAGGCCUUUCUCUGCAGUUUGGGAUCUCUGUAUUUGUCCCUUCUGUUUGUAUUUCUUCUAAUGGAUGUUUAUGCAAGGCCUGCAAAUAAUUCGGCCCUCAAAGAAAAGCCAGCUGACAGUAAAGAUGAGAAUGAGAUCUUGCCCCCAGAUCACUUGAAUGGGGUCAAAAUGGAGAUGGAUGGACAUCUUAACAAAGAAUUUCAUCAAGAAGUUUUUCUAGGAAAAGAGAUGGAAGAGUUUGAGGAAGAUUCAGAACCCAGGAAAAACAGGAAGAAGCUCAUGGUCAUCUUUUCAAAGGUGGAUAUAAAUAAUGAUAAAAAAAUAGGUGCGAAAGAGAUGCAGCGCUGGAUCAUGGAAAAGACAGAUGAACAUUUCCAGGAAGCUGUGGAAGAGAAUAAAAUGCACUUCCGAGCUGUGGAUCCUGAUGGUGAUGGCCACGUGUCCUGGGAUGAAUAUAAAAUUAAAUUUUUGGCAAGUAAGGGCUUUAAUGAAAAAGAGAUUGCAGAGAAGAUCAGGAACAAUGAAGAGUUGAAAAUAGAUGAAGAAACACAGGAAGUUUUAGAUAACCUGAAAGAUCGGUGGUACCAAGCUGACAACCCACCUCCUGAUCUGUUGUUGAAUGAAGAAGAAUUCUUGUCCUUUCUUCAUCCAGAGCAUAGUAGGGGAAUGCUGAAGUUCAUGGUGAAAGAAAUCAUCCGAGAUUUGGAUCAAGAUGGAGAUAAGAAACUUACCCUUUCAGAGUUCAUUUCAUUACCUGUUGGUACUGUAGAGAACCAGCAAGCUCAAGAUAUUGAUGAUGACUGGGUAAAAGACAGAAGGAAGGAAUUUGAGGAGGUCAUUGAUGCUAACCAUGAUGGUAUUGUCACAAUGGAAGAGCUGGAGGAAUAUAUGGAUCCUAUGAAUGAAUACAAUGCCCUAAAUGAAGCAAAGCAAAUGAUAGCAGUAGCAGACGAAAAUCAAAACCAUCACUUAGAGCUGGAGGAGAUCCUGAAAUAUAGUGAAUACUUCACAGGCAGCAAGCUUAUGGACUAUGCACGUAACGUCCAUGAGGAGUUCUGAUCCUGCUCACUUUUCCAGAGCUCUGAAGCACUUUCCUGCUUUCAAAAAAACCAAGAAAAAAUCCAACCCCCAAACAGACAGAAAGUUACUUUGCUGCUAUCUGUGUUAUAUGCCUACAGUGUGUUGUCCUAGACUUAAAAAAACCUUCCGUCCAUAUGUAAGAUCUACAGCUCUGUUGCCUUCAGUAUGAGGGGGAAAAAAAAGGUCCAUAAAUAAUGGGGCAGGUACUGGACUACAUCAGUUUGCCCUGGUUUGUACAGUUAAUCCAGCUGAAGUUUCAGCUGCUUUUGGCCAAUCAUUAUUUGGUGGAGGCUUCUUAAAUAUUUAACUCUUCUUGUUGCCCUCAUAGCUGCUGAUCCAUGGAAAUCACAAGUAACACUGAAAGGUGUUGGCUUUUGUAAAGGGGAUUGUGGUUCAAAUACGUGUGUUCUGACCUCAUGAGAAUAUCCAUACAUAGACUGAUUGGCUAAUCUUCCGGUAUUUUUCUCAAUGCAUCUCAACCUACUUACAUAUUGUUGAGAAUUUAAUACAAAUUCUCCAUUGCUGAACUACCUUUAGGAGCUGUGGGGAGGAAGAACUUAUUUUAAAUGUUACAGAGAAGCUCUUCUGCAUCUACUUUAAAAAGAAAACUGGUUAUAGUGUGACAGGUUUUGUGUUUGCAACUGCACUGGGAAUGUGAGAGACUUGGUAUUGCUUAUGUCUUAAAAACAAAUUUCAUGCUAAAAUGAAACAAUGGGGAAGGUUUCUUUGUGGACUUAAAGAUGUUGGACAGAGCAAUGGGAUUCACCUAGGUGUAUGAUUACUACUUCACUAAAAUUCAUUGUUAGAACUACUAUAAUUACUUGCCUCUGUGCAAAUUAGUGAUGCUGAUGAACUCAUGAAUGAUGAAGCUGGGGUAAAUACAGGCUUUGCUUUUGAACUGCUUUUGCCAGAGCAACGUACAGUCAGCACUUGGGAAGCUUUUUAGUCAGUCUGGUUUUGGGUAAUCUCUGAAAGCAUCUUGCAACACAAGGGUCAUAUCCACUACUGUCUAAAAUAGAAAAUUUAUUUUUACUCUGGUUCCAUCUUUACUGUAAAAAAACCCUCUUUCUGAAGGGUUGCCUGAAAAUCCAAGUGAGAUGUUAUAUUUGAUUAAAUUUAUUCUCUUAAUAUAAUGUAAAUAUAAGUAUUGCUGUCUGUUUCUGUCUCA